AUGCCGGAGAAGAGCAGAGAGCAGCUGGACUUUCACGACCUGGCCGAUAGUUCCUCUUCAAGUACCUCUUCAAACGACACACUAGAACUUCUGGCUAGCCGUAAAGAGAACGAUGCCAACGAUGCCUUCAAAAUUGUUAAAGGGGCCAACCGAGCACUAGGCGGCGCCUUGCGGACUUCGCACAAAACAACUAAGUCACUAGCUAAACAGGAUGAAGUACUUACUGAUACUCUAAAGCGCAAGAAAGGCAUUAGAAAGACAAUCGAGACAAACGAAGAGCGGGUUGUGCAAAUUGGCCGUUCAGGACAUCUAGUGAGCUUUGGCAACCGGUUUUUUGAUGCGAUUGGAGACUUCUUUACUGGGCGGCGUCGGGCUAUUAGUGCGGUUGAUAAGGCAGCGACUGAUGAGGAAGAGAAGGCUCAGAAAGACGAGAGGCUGGCUGCCGACGACGGAGUGGACGAAAAAGCAGCGGCGGAAGCUCUAGAAGCCUCGGGUGAAGAGGGGGAUGUUGAUGCUGAGCUUGAGAAGACUUUAAUAGGACUAAAGACCUUAAGAAAAGGAGUUAAGUCACAAACCAAACGAAUUCGGGCCCAAACCCAUGCAACCAAAGAGAUGGUGAUUAUGGAUAAAGACACAAACAAACGAACCAAGAGCCUUACGAAAAAGAUCAAGAAGUUGGGUUAG